GUUGCCAUAGAGCUACCGCCGCUAACCCUUUAAUUUUUUUUUAGAACUCACGGAUCUAACACAAUUUUGUACAAAUUUAAGGUCUUGCAGGAAAAAGUAAAAAUGGCUACUGUUGUCCAGUCAGCAGAUGGACCGACCGAAGUGAUCAAUGCUAGACGAACAGAAUCACUUGAUGCUCCAAAUAUCCUGAAGCUGGUUACCAAAUCAACUCAGCCACAGUUUGGAUUGGUGGAUGUUGUGAAUAUCAUUGAAAAAGCAGUCUUGGCAGUGACCCUCAACAAUGAACGAGAAGAUAUCCUUGCCCAUGCUGCAUUCUUUGACUAUCCUAAUGUGGAUUCUGUAGAUCAAGGCGAAUGGCAACAAUGGCUCAACACAUACUACGAUACAGAAGCAUGCACACCCUUGAACACACUGUUUCUACACUACUUUGUGGCCAAACCUGCAUUUGCCCAUGGGAGUGCUAAAGAGAUCAUUAGGACUGUAUUCAAUGCAGUGCCGGACAUCCACUUCCUGUAUGUAGUGUUGCCUUCUGGUGUAGCUCCAGAGUCUGCUUUGGGAGAUAACUUCAGUCCUAUGGUCCUCAAGGAUGAGAACAAACCCCUGGAGGGAUACACCGUCUAUGUUUGCCAUCGACAUGAUCACUGUCCAGAGCUCUUUGUAAGAAAAGCAAGAGUUGAAGACCAUGAUGACUUGACGCCAAUCUUCAACCGUCAGAGUGAUAUGCUGAAUACGACCUAUGGAAGCUAUUUCUUGGCUGAAUUAAUAGAAUCUCAAGAUGAGAAUAACCAAGCAAUUAUUGUAGAGAAUGAAGGUACUGCUGUUGGAUUCAUGAGCCUGUCAACGGAUGUUGAUGUUGAUCUUCUUAAUACGUGUUUUGAGUUGGGUCCAUUCCAUGGUCUGAAGAAACCACAUCCAGACGAUAUCCUCAAGGCUCCAACACCUCCCCCACCAGAAGAGACAGCUGUUGACGAUGAAAUGGUUUCUGGCAGCCAAGCAGGGAGUGAAAAACCAUUUUCGAGAACAAGCUCAGUUUCGUCAAUCAAAAAAGGUGAUACAGGAACAGCAGAUAGGCCUUCUAGUGGUUCCAAGCCCACUCCCUCAACCCAACCCCCUACUCAGACCCCCCAGCAGGCAAAAGCUACUCCCAUACCAGCCAAGACAGCCACACCCGUGACAGCAAAGAGUACCCCUCUACCAGCGAAGGGUACCCCUAAGCCAGCUGCCACGCCCCUCAACAAACCUCCAACAGCUACUGGGAGUAUCACAGAAUCAGAGCUACAUAUUGAGAGAAAACUGAGUGAUUCCCAUAUGAAAAGCUCUGCAUCAGUGAUGAGUGACAAAGAUGAUAGGGAAUCUGUCAAAUCAGGAGUUUCCAAGAGGUCAGGAUCCAUAGUAUCUAAUCAUGACAUAGCCGAAGAAGCGGUUCCGUCCGAGCUGAGCGUGACCCCUGAACCCUCACUUCCUGAGCCUCGCUUUGAGCCGACCUACUGUGGACCAGCCAAUGCUUUCUCGAUUCAGCUCUUUUGUAUUGAUGAACGAUAUGAAAUGAGGUCCCAAGACUUUCUUCCCAUGGCAUUCUCCCUGUUUCCGGAUAAAGACUUCUGUGUUCUCACCCUGCCUCACUUGGUCCCAGAAUUCCCCCUACUUCAAAACUUUGCGCGUGUAACCCCCAAAUGCCCCAGUGUCCUACCCCAGGAGCUGUACCUCUUCCAUCGGGCGGGGCUGCUCCAGUCCUUUGCAGUGCGCCCGGCUUGUACCUCUGACGUACCGGGCGUCACCACCCUGGUGGAUGGAAUCUACAAUCAGGAGAUCCUGCUCGCUGAUCUUGAUCGCUUCAACAAAGCCAGGAGAGAUGAAGAUGGCACCCCGAUCAAGGCCUUCGUUGCCACCUGCCACAACCAGGUGGUGGGUGUGGCCUUGACACGAGCGGAAGAAGACAUCGAGUUCAUCCGCUCCCAUUACAACAUAGAGGACUUCAUCUACUUCAACCACCAUCGACGAGAUGAGCACGGUCACCUCCAUCACUUCGCCAUGAACCCCAUCUUUCAGCAUCGCUCCAAGCAUUUCAUGAAAGAGAUCCUACGACAGAGUCACCAUACGUGUCUCUACUAUCCCGUCUUUCCUGCCUUUUCAGACAACAUGAAGCACUCUCUGGUCACAUGCCUCAACUUCAUGGUACCAGUCCGAGCUAGAAGGCAGAUCAUGUACCCACUUAAGGAGCUAGGUCAGAACGCUCCUUCUAAAAGAGUUAUCAAAGAACAGGAGAUGUAUGCCUUGAGUCACAUCAACAGGAAGUUAACCUUAGAACCAAAGGUCACGAUCAAUGCUCGCAUCGUUGUGGUUGGAGCAUCAGAUACAGGCAUCGCUUUCCUUGAAACACUCGCAUUCUGCCCGCACUUGAGGUUCAACAAUCUGUGUCUCGUCUCCCCCAACGGUCUACCCAGUCACAUGUCGUACGAUGAGAACAGAUCCCGGUUCCUUUCUACCAGUCACUGCUACACACAUGAUGAGCUCUCUCAGAUCUCUCUCAGGUCAUGGGUCAAUGUGGUCUCGUCCAAGAUGACUGGUAUCAAUAGAUUAAGCAAGUAUGUGAAGAUAGCCAAUGGAUCCAAGGUACCUUAUGAUCAUCUAAUCAUCACAACAGGUCAACAAUACCAGUUGAGCUGUCCUACCGGAGCUGAUGUCGGCAAACUAGUCACGAAUAAGGAGGUACCUAACAACCCUGAUCGAAGAUACGUUGGCCCCAAACCCAAGAACGUCUUCACCGUGAACGAUGAAAGCAAUGCCGGGACUGCCAUCAAGUGGCUCAACAAGAGGUUCAUAAACGCUGAGGGCAAGGCCAUCAUAUACGGUAGUAGCUUGGAUGCCUAUGCUGCCAUCAACACCCUCCUAUCCCUGGGUAUACCCGGUCACCGCAUCGCGAUGGUGCAACCCCCUCAACGCUUCACCGUGACCUGCUUCAACAACCCCACCGUCCAAGAAGCAGUGCACAGCACCAUGACGCAGGCCGGAGUCGAGCUCUAUCAAGGCUACUUCCUGGCCCAGUGGAAUGAUGGGAAGGGUGUGUCGGCGGACGGCGAGGUGUACUGUGCGUCGUUCACCUCCGAGACCAAGCCUCUUAAACUGGAGUGUUCGGUGUUCUUCUGCUACAGCCGCAAGGCGGUCGACUAUGAAGCUUUCAAAGCAAUCAAUGACAGCUGCCUGGUUUAUGAUGGUCGGUUGGUCAUCGAUGCCCUCUUCCAUACCAAUGACCUGUCCAUCAGGGCUGCGGGACCCCUCACCAAGUUCCAGAGGAAGUACCAAGCAGAGCAAUGGACCCAUGCCAACUUCAACUCCAAGGAGGUUGGCCGAUCCCUGGCCUCUACCAUGCUCCGUCUGUUUGACCCUACAAUUGAGAAUGACCUCGCCCCACCCCAAGAACCUCAUUGUCUGAUACCCCUCUACCAGGGUGCCAAGGUACAGGGCGGGGUCCUGCCGGGGGAGCUUCAUUACCUCCAUUACGGCAAACCCGGACUUGACAUGCCUUUAGAGGUCCAGAUGGCACAGGCGGACUAUGGUCGUGAGAUCAUAACGGUGGAUUCUCAGCAGAACUACUUCCGGCUUCAUCUUAACCAGUACUCUAACAUCCAGACGGUCACAUGUCUCUCCCAUCAGCCAAUCGAUGUGUCCAACCUGUUAUGCCUGUACAACAUCCACGAGAGAUUCUUGAACAACCUGGUAUCGAGGUUUGAUGAAGGACUCGUCAAAGACCUCUACUCUUACUUCAGAGAGACGUGGAGUCUAGCCAUCUUCCACGAUAGAUUCACAGACUUCAGACAGGAGGUCCGAGAGCUUCUUGUCCAGAGACCGGCCGUUGACGUGAAUUCCUUGGAAGAAAAGGUCAGAGAGCUUAUCUCACAAGAUCUGUUGUUGGAAAGCCAUGACCGCAAAUAUCUGGCCGAGGAGUUUGAAAGACAAGGUAACAAGAGGUCUGUGGAGACGAGACUGCUAAGCUUCUUGAGCUAUAACUACUACCACCUUCCUAUGUACGCAAAACCAGGCAUGGUCUAAGACACAAAAUACAUAUGAAGAGAAGGGAAACGGUGAAUCGAACAUGGAAUGCUAACUGAAUUCAUUGUACAUGUACAUCCAGUCGAUUUGUGACAAGAAGUUGAGCCAGCCAUCAAUCUGAUAUUUUGGUGAAAAUCAAGUUUUGCUCGUCUGCGUACCCUGCAUUGUCCUGAAAUCUGUAAUAUGUAGCAAAUGUUUGCCAUGCAAAAUUGUAAAAAAAUGCUCAUGAUCCAGAAAUGUUCUGUU